GACAAGCGCAGCGUUGCCUUGCUGCUGCUUCUUUACUUUUUGCAAGGCGUGCCCAUGGGCCUCUCCGCCUCUGUUCCUUAUUUGCUGCAGGACAAGACAGCAGACUACAACCAACAAGCUUUAUUCAGCUUUGUCGUGUAUCCCUUUUCUCUCAAGCUGCUGUGGGCUCCAAUCGUCGAUGGCUUGUUCUUCGAAAAGUUUGGCCGACGCAAGUCUUGGACAGUUCCAUGCCAGAUCUUAAUUGCACUAGUCCUUCUUGGCUCCAGCAGCCACGUCGAUGCCUUGAUUGAUCAGCCGACGCCAGAUGUCUUUACCCUAACCAUCCUUUUUCUUCUUCUGUACACCCUCUGUGCCACGCAAGACGUUGCGGUGGAUGGUUGGGCCUUGACUAUGCUGUCACCUGCUCGGGUUGAUCUGGCCUCCAUCUGCAAUUCGGUUGGGCAAAGUGCUGGCUACUUUACCUCGUUUAUUUUUUUUCUGCUUCUUAGCAGCCCCGAUGCCUGCAAUAAGUAUCUGCGAAGCGUCCCUUCAGAUGAACCAAUGGUGACAUUGGGGUCCUUUAUGAACUUCUUUGGCUGGGUGUUUGUCCUCACCACGCUGGGGGUUUGGUUUUUCAAGCGGGAGGGCAAACCCAUCCGCGGCGCGGGUGAAUCUACGCUCUCUGUGGCCGGGACCUAUCAGCGUUUGCUCCAAGUCUGCAAGCUGUCCAGCAUCCAACAGCUAGCCUUUGUCAUCUUGACUUGUCGCAUCGGGUUUGCUGGCGUGGAAUCGGUUACGGCGCUGAAGCUCCAAGAAUUUGGCGUGCCCAAGGAAGACCUUGCUUCGCUUGGACCUUUAAUGUUUCCCGUGUCCUUGGUCGUUCCGAGCUUGAUGGGUUAUCUGCAGACACAACCGAUGCAAUUGUGGCUGCGUGCUUACCCGUUCCGCGUACUGGCGGCCAUCCCUUCCAUUGCCUUGGUCUCGAGGGAUCCAUACACAGUGGCUCGUGUCCUUGGUUCAUCUUCUGUGCUUGCUAUAGCUUCUACUAUCAUGUUCACGGCCCAGAUGCAGUUUUUUUGCAAGUUGUCCGACCCGCUUUUGGGAGGCACAUAUAUGACGCUUUUGACAACCUUGGCCAAUUUAGGGGCCGUAUGGCCUUCAACGCUGGCGCUC